CACAAAUUGGAGCCCAGUCGGCGUAUUAGUCUAUUCUUCCUUCGUCAGUGGUUUUUAAGGGAGCCCAGCACGCUCAGGUGCCAUUGACGAGGAACUCCCGAUCGCCGACGCCGUUAUUUGUGUUGCACAACAGGAAAGUUCUUCCGCCGCCAACUUCAAAGAGUGUCAUGAAAAACGAACGCGAAACAUUGCCCGUGCCGACGUCACCAACCACCCAGCAGCCGCCCUUCGAGAAGGAUUGUUUAACGUGCAAGGUUAUUGGAAGCACUGCCUUUGCUGUGACAGGACUGUACGCUUUGCACGCAUCGCGUGCCAGUGCUCCUGGGAGCAUAAUCGGGAAGAGAAUAAUGGGUGGGGUCGGAAUAUGUGAGUCCUCGCGUCCUUACCCGCCUGCCCUCCAUGUCUACUUUCUUGAUUGCGUGCGAAGAAUUGGAACUCCAAGAAUUGACCGGCUUUAACAUCAUGUUAGGUUUUUUGAUAGGGAGCGUGAUG